UAACGGAACUAGUGUUAAAACACAUAUGUCUCAAAUUCAUACAUUAUCAGAUAUAGGUGAAGGCAAAAAACUUGGAGACAUGCCUGCCAAUCGAUAUCCGUCUAGCCGAACAGAACUUGAAAAUAAGCUUGUUUGUGCAAAUCGUGAUCGGGAAAUUGCUAUAGAAUGUG